AUUAGAGUAGGCAGCUUUGGGACCGAUCAUUUACAACAGAAAGGAGAUUAGGAGCGAAGAAUGAAGUACAUCACAGAAGGAUCAAAUAACAUUACAUUGGAUAUAGAUGUUGCAGACAGCAAAAGUAUCGUUGGAAAGCUGGCUGCUUGCGACAAUGAGAUCUUUACUGGAUGGGGUGACCACGGAGGACUUUUGGACAACAUUCAUAUAGCUGAAACCAUAGAUGAAAUAGCAAACAAAGCAAUUGGUUUCAUCUUCAAGGAUCCAGAGACGAGCCUUGUUGUGAUGAGUGGAUGUGGGACAUCUGGUCGUUUAGCCUUUAUGGCUGCAAGAUCUUUCAAUGAAAAGCUGAGAGGAGCAGGUAUAACUGAUUGCUUCAGAUAUAUCAUUGCUGGAAAGGACAAGGCGCUAUUUACUUCCCAAGAAGCGUACGAAGAUGAUCCACAUCAUGGCAUCGACGCACUGAAGGAGAUCUGUGCUGGAAAACAGAAUGUCCUGUACAUUGGUAUAACGUGCGGUCUAUCUGCCCCCUUCGUGGCCGGACAGUUAGAUUACUGCAUGGAUAAUCCAAAUAGAUUCAUCCCUGUUCUAAUGGGAUUUAAUCCUAUAGAGAUGGCACGGGAUAUUCCGAUAAGAAAUUGGGACAAAACAUUCCUUGAUGUUGCUCGGAGAUUAGAAACUCUUUCAAAAGCAGGGGACGGAUACAUACUCAACCCUGUAGUUGGACCUGAACCCAUUAGUGGGUCAAGUAGAAUGAAGAGUGGGACCACUACGAAGAUAUUAUUGGAGACCAUUUUUGCUCAAUGCUUUUCCAAACUCAUUCUGAAACAAAAGUGUUCAUCUAAGUCAGUGUUGAAUUGCUACGAAACCAUAAGAAAAGCAACAUAUAAACAGUCAGAGAAAAUUGGUUCCAUUGUAGCUAUGUCAGGAGAGGGUCUCAAACAUGGUGGCCAUAUAUAUUACCUUGGGAUGGGGAGUCUUGGUAUAGUUGGUAUGAUAGACGCCUCAGAAUGUCCCCCGACUUUUGGUGCAACUUUAGACGAUAUCCGUGGUUUCAUAAAUAAUGGUUUUGAAGCAUUUGGAAACGAAGAAGGGGACAUAACUCACAUGGGCAGACAUUUUAGAAUAUCAUUCCGCAACUUUGAGCAAGACAUAUCUCCUAAUUUAUCGAACAAGGACACAGUGAUUGUUCUACAAACACAGGACAAUCAAGUUCCUAACCUGAAAACAGGUAAUGCCAAGACAAUCCUCAUAAACUACAAAGACUAUACAAAACCAAACAACACUCAGGUAUCUCAACCGCAUGAUUGGCCCAAAGCCUCCAUAACAUUAAACAUGGAUCUUCCAUGGGAUGAGUGUGAAGAGCUGAUUGGUGCUGAUCUGUUGUCCAUGUGUUGGAUGUCUCUAGUGGAGAUAUCCUCAAAGUGGAUAUGCAACGCCAUAAGCACAGGGGCUCAUAUCAUGAUUGGAAAGAUAUACCAGAAUAUCAUGAUAGAUGUCAAGGUCAGUAACCAAAAGCUUUACCACCGUGCCAUCUCGAUCAUUCAAAAGUUGGUAGGAUCGUCAGAAACCGAAGCCGAAAAUGCUCUCAUUUGCUCAGUUUUUAAAUGUGAUGAUCCUUCUGCAAGACUGAGGGACACAACUGUAGAAGAACGGAUUGCUAUAGCUACACCAAUGGACAGGGUAGUACCAGUUGCUCUAUUGAAGGCAGCAUUAAAGUGCUCCAUCCAAGACGCAGAGAAACUGUUAGAUGAUAACCCAGUUGUCAGAACUGCCAUAGAGAAUUGCCUAAUGAAAUAGAUGUCGUUAGAAACUUACCUUGUCUACCAAAGUGAAAUGUCCAAACUAAUACUCAGAGAUAGGCUGUAAUACAUUCAUUUACACGUCCAUAGAUCAUUGCCUAAUGACUAGUGAAAUAGAUGUCGUUAGAAACUUACAGUGUCGCAACAAAGUGAAAUGGCCAAACUAAUAAUCAGAGAUAGUCUACAAAACAUUUAUUUACACGUCC